GACAGAGACAGAUAUAAACUGAUGACAUCGUUGGGCAGCACAUGAGAAGCUGAAGAGCAUGGAGAGCUGCAGAGUGUGCGUGAUGGUGUGCGCCGUGCUGCUGUCCUGCGCCUCUGGCAAUGAAAUUUACCGUCUGGAUGACGAGGAGGUGGUGGAUGUAGACAGGAGAGCCUUGAGGAACUUCUACCCUAAAGAGCCCAAUUUAACCAGCCAGAAAGAGCUUCUUGGGGCUCUGCAUGAUGUUUUGGAAAAGCUGCAGAGCAAACGGAUCUCACUUUGGGAAAAGAAGUCUAGCCGAGUUCCCACGUGUGGGGUCGGGCAGCAGUGUGCCGUGCGGAAAGGCUCACGGAUCGGCAGGAUGUGUGACUGUCCGAUCGGAGCAGCCUGCAACACCUACCUGCUGAAAUGCUUAUAAUCAUUACAUCAUAUAUCCAACUGGAAAUGGAUUCAUUAAGUUCAUUCAAAGUUUAUGCUUUUAAUGUACAUACUGUAUGAAAAUUUGGCCUUUUGCUUGGUUUUAUAAGGCCAUCAUUGUUUUGAAGCAACACUAUAUCAAUUAAUUUAUUUCACAAUAUAAUAAUAUAAUAAUAUAAUAAAGUCAUUAAAAUAGGACUAA